UGCUGGCGCCCUAUCACUCGUCCGUGGGGCCGUCUCUCCCUAUAAAUGCUCCCACCCCACCGCCUGCCGAGCGGUGCACGCGUGCGUGGUCAGGAUUCUGCUGGACCCUGAGAAGAGCGGUAGUUGUGGUGCGCGUGCGCUCGUGCGCCGUGUCGGCCUUCAUCGGUGCUGCCACCCGCUAACGGCACUUACCCCAGCAGUCUGUUGGGGCUGUACGUGGAGGAGGGGAGAGGAGGGGAAGCCGUUCUCUUCGUAGUGUGCGCCCGUGUCGGACCCACGCCGUUUUUUUUUUUCAGCGAACGCCUUCGAACGAUGCCGGUCGAGGGGGCGCAAGCUUUGGAUGAAUGAGUGCAGGAGCCGCGCUUUUUUUUCUGAAACUCGCAGCGGGACGGCUGUCAAAGUUUGCUUUUGUUCUCGCACUCCGAUGGCCUCUUUAACAGUUGGGGAUGUCUGCGUCUGACCAAGGCAAGUGAAUCGCACGGAAAAGCCGAGGGCGCAAAGUUUCGUGAUUUUUUCUUUUCUUCUUGUUAUACAUUUGCCUUACGAAUCGUGCGUUUGUGUCUGUUGCCGAUGCCGCGUUGUCAUUCGGCCGAGCGAUCACUCGCAUUGUCUUCACCAUUGCUGGAAGAUUUCACAACAUUCAAUAGCGAACAAUAAAUGCGUUUGGAAUUGUACAAGGGCCGUGCGUAAAAUGUGCCGUGUGGGAGGCGUUUCCCUAACGCACAGAAAUAUUAUAGUUGUUGCUAUUUUUAGUUGGCGGAAUUUGGCCGGAGGAUACUCGGUCUGACAGGGCUGGAGAGGCAUUUGCUUCCAGGAAACAAUGAAAUGCGAGGAUUGAAAACAAAAAAACAUUCGGAAGCAUUCGAGGUCCAUGUUGAGAGCAUCUCUUGACGAAGCACUGACAGAAAGCAAAGCCGGUGCAAUGGGAUGAUAUGAAAUAGGUUGGUAUUACAAAUGUUGAAAGAGUGACUUUCAAUGGAGAGCUGGAUGUAAUUGAAUUCGUAAACAUUUCAGUUGCUAAAUAUUGCGGAGAGGGGGAGGGGUGGGGGGGGGAACCACCAUGAUCGUGUUAAGAAGACGCAAUUGUGGAAGCCCUGUCAGAAAAUAAAUAUCAAAACUAAUCACCCGGAGAUCGUUCAUUGACAACGCAAGACGGCUUCGAGACAAAUUUCAAGCAGGCCUCGGCAAGACCACGGAGACCUGGCGCGGAGGGACACAGACACCUCUGAUCGACAACACACACAGCGGCAACCACUCUCCAACUCGCCGGGCAUUCCGGCCCUGAGUAAACUCCACCAGGCCUCGGCAUCGGACUAGAUUGUUGCCCUGCGCCCGCGCCUCCGAUUAUCAGGGUUAGCCACGUGCGGUGCGAAAGAAGUUCAACGCGCAUGCAUCAGCCGGUCGGAGCCGUCAACUGCUGAAUCGGCCAUCGUCGGACCAUCGGCACGGACCGGGAGAUCGGCUUGGACCGUGCGGACUGCGCUAAAACCUUGCGGUGGGUCUGCGUGGGGCACGAGCGUCGGAAGCGUUUCAACAAAGCCUCGGAGAGGGACGGCAAGAAGAUGCAGGUGUCCAUCGCGUGCACGGAGCACGCCAUGAAGGGCCGGGGCGCCGGCGGGCCCUCGAGCGGCGAUGAGCGGCGUCAGACGGCGCAGAACAGCCCGGGCCCCGGCCUGGGAAACGGCGCACGCACCAAGUUCCGCGCCAUCGCGAUGGUGGCGCGCAGCGUGACGUCCGCCUUCCCCGCUGGCACGGGGGGCGGCGGGGGUCACGGUGCCGGGCCGCCCCGAGAGUGGACGGGGAAGCACAGCAGCAUGAAGUACAGAAACCUGGGGCGAUCGGGUCUCCGUGUGUCCUGCCUCGGACUGGGAACGUGGGUGACAUUUGGAGGGCAGAUCAGUGAAGAGGUGGCGGAGCAGCUCAUGACGGCGGCGUACGACCACGGCGUGAACCUGUUCGACACCGCAGAGGUGUACGCUGCGGGGAAGGCAGAGGUGAUCAUGGGGGACAUCAUCAAGAAAAAGGGCUGGAAGCGAUCAAGUCUGGUGAUCACGACCAAAAUCUACUGGGGAGGGAAAGCGGAGACGGAGCGAGGCCUCUCGCGGAAGCACAUCAUCGAAGGGCUGGCCGGCUCGCUGCAGCGGCUGCAGCUGGACUACGUGGACGUGGUGUUCGCCAACCGGCCCGACCCCAACACGCCCAUGGAAGAGGUGGUGCGCGCCAUGACCCACGUGAUCACGCAGGGCCGGGCCAUGUACUGGGGCACGUCGCGCUGGAGCAGCGCCGAGAUCAUGGAGGCCUACUCGGUGGCGCGUCAGUUCAACCUGGUGCCACCGGUGUGCGAGCAGGCCGAGUACCACCUCUUCCAGCGCGACAAAGUGGAGAUGCAGCUGCCAGAGCUCUACCACAAGAUCGGCGUGGGUGCCAUGACAUGGUCCCCGCUGGCGUGUGGGCUCCUGACUGGGAAGUACGAGGAUGGGAUCCCAAACUCCUGCCGAGCAGGACUGAAGGGCUAUCAGUGGCUGAAGGAGCGCGUGCACAGUGAGGAGGGGCGUCGACAGCAGGGCCAGCUCAAGGAGCUGCACACCCUCACUGAACAGCUGGAGUGCACGCUGCCACAGCUCGCCAUCGCCUGGUGCCUGAGGAGCGACGGCGUUAGCUCCGUACUGCUGGGAGCCUCCAAGGUGGAGCAGCUGCUUGAGAACCUGGGAGCCGUGCAGGUGCUGCCCAAGUUGAACCCCCUCGUUGUCGCCGAAAUCGACAACAUCCUGGGAAACAAGCCGCAAGGGAAGCGCGAGAGCCGCACAUAAGUCCGUGAACAGGAGUGGCGUUCACCCCCCGCCCGCCCCCUAACAGUAAUGAAGACUUGGGAUCGACAUGGACCCUUAGUUUCCUGUUGCGAAACAAUGUACCGUAACGGGGACUAAGCAGCUAUGCAGGGAAUGGACUGUUACACGUGUCUCCAUUUUUUUUUUUACAAAUAAUUUUUAAAUUUGUGAUUUGGGUCAUGUCGCUGGUAUACCAUAAUGGGCGACAAUGAGGGAGGCCUUUACCCAGUAGUGGGAAGUUACACACCGACAACAAUAGCGGCUGGUACAGCAAGGCCUGCUUUUGUGAAUCAUAUCACAUUGCCCUUCUCUGUGAACACACACACAGUGCUGUAUAGACAUGUAUGCAAGACAUAUAUAAAGUUGUGCACCUAUGCAGUUACUGCAUACACAAUGUACUUUUUUUAAUACAUGUAAAGCAGUAUAAAUGUGCCACAUUUGUUGUAUAUUAAAAAAAUGCCAAAUUUUUAAUAUACAAUAAUAUUGUGAACACAUUUCCACGACGGACGGUCAUAAUGAUCGUACUCACAUAUACACCAGGUUAACUAGUAUUGACUGAUAUCAUGCCCUGGUCACAUAGUAUGAAGUAUACAUGCUACAUUUCACAACGGCGUUCCCCCCAAGAGGGGUUGUGUUAGGGGAAGGCUGUCAGCAUGGAUUAACUGUAUUACCCUUGUUACAGGUGUGCUGAUCCUUACCUAGUUUUCUGGCAGCAAGACACCACACUCACUAUGCAAUGGAAGCUGUUAUUCGGAUGCAGGGGUUGGAGGAUGCAGAGAACAGAGAGCUCCAGAGCGAUUUUCUAUUGAACGAUUUUUGAGCCUGGAGCACGUCGUAACAGGCGCUAACGGUUUGAUGAGGUGCCUAGGCAGGACUCUCUCCCUGUUGAACGAACACCCAGAUAUGUACACAGCGCAUUAUGAGAACAUGUAAUUUGUGAUAUAUUUUCCCAUUUAUCAUCAUCAUCCUUUGCUAAAGAGGCUGUGGGUAAUCACUGUAAACCAAAUUUGUAAUACUAUUUAAGUUAGUGUAACUUUACGUAACUUUUCCUGAAGCAUCUGCAUGGGUACAGAUGUAAUUCUCAAGUGAUCAACCACGUGGCUUUUUCUGGGUUACUCCCAGUUAAUAAAAAAACCCCACUGAAUUGGCCUGCCUGUAGUAGGCCCCCUCACCAACAGCAAAAAAAGGGAGAAAGUUGAAACAUCCUAUUGCAGGACCCUCUUUAAUAAGAGUCGAGGUAACUCAUUGGAUUAAUUGGUUUCAAGGACAUUAUUACCCCAGCACUGAUAAGGCAUGCCUAUUCUUAUGUAUUCAUGACAUUACCAUCAGUGGUAAGGUUAAUCCCUCUGAAAGCACAUUCAAUUCAGGAAUUACAGCACCACGUGCCCUGUGCUUCCAAGCGUGUUUAUGCAAGCAGUGACAAUGAAGGCAUUUGUUUUAACUGUUAAAGGUCGUUUGUUAUUCUGCUCGGACACUAUUACUGGUUUCAUGAAUAAGUUAGUGCACAUAUACUGGUAUGUUCAUGUAAGCGUAACAUACAUAGCACUUGUGGGUGAGAUUAAAUGCAGUGGUCGCCUGCCCAUCAUAUACAUUAUCCCAUUUUAAAGAGUUGUAUACAAUUCUUAAGUUAUAUCGGAAGGGGCAAGGGACAGAAUGGGCUCAGUCUUCCAAUAAGUGAACCCUUGCUCUAUUGAUGCUCUCUUUUUUAAACAACUUGCCAGAAUUAUUGCAUCUUUGAUAGAUUGUGCAGUAGUUGCAAUUCGUAAACAUUGUAUGAGCUUCCAAGCAAUUAUUAGGACUCAUGAAUGCUGUUAAUCCGCAUUCCAUGCAGAAAUACACUUGCAGCAACACAUACAUGCGGCGUAUUAAACCUCCACGUUUUUUUAUAACCUGAUGAGCACAUUAUUAAGAUAUUGUACAAUAAUACGAUUCAUUUGGGAUGUUUACAUGAUAGAGUUGGCUGUGGGAUUGUGGGCUAAAGAAUCGUCGUGUAGAUGUAUGGCUAUGAAUAGGAAUGAACCCUUACAAUGUGCCUGUGGUUAUCCGACCCAUGCAAUUGAAUAAAUAUACGGCAAUAAGGCCUUGUAGCAUGUGCACAAUACACCGUUCACUUAUAGUGCAUACUGUAUAUGGUUUCCAUAAUGCAGUGUAUAUAAUAAAUUCCUGCUGUGGCAUGAUACAUGUUGGGUUAAUGUUAUUUAACAAUUUAAAUCAAUUUAUGCAUUUUGAGUAAGCAUGAUCAUUUAAUAUCGCAUUACCUCUGUUAUGUACAAUGAAAGAUGAUACAUUGCUCAGAUUUUUCACAAAGAAUGUGUAAUAUGCUAAAACACAUUAUCCAGACGUAAUAUUAUGGAUACAAUAAAGAAAACGACGUAAUUAUGUAUAUGCAAUUACCCUUUGCUUUAUAUUAGUCGUGUAAACAUGCAGAGUGAUGGUCAUGGCUAGGUAUGUAUUAUGCUCUGUUUUGUAUACAGGAUGUAUAUAAAGGACUGUAAAUGUGUUUGAAUUACAGUAUGCAAUAUGUCAAUAGUAUAUAUUAUUAAAGAAGGCCCAUUGACCAAA